CAUAUUCAAAGAAUUUCAAACAUCUGUCUACUGUUCUUGUUAUUUUUAAAUAAAUAGUUAGCUAUUAUUCUAACCUUCAACAUAGAUUUCUGGUUCUGCAAUUCAAAUGGAGGAAACCAAUGAAGCACAGGUCCAAAGUUCGAUACCAGAGAAACAGAAUGACAGACCGACGAGAAAGGCAAACAAGAAGAGGAAGUUCUCCGUCGAUGAUGAGACGUCCGGCGAGAGCAAUAACAAUACCAAAUCAAGGCCUGGACUGAGAAGAGGGAGCUCCUUCACCUUCCUCACCCCUGGACCUCAAUGGGACUUCAGUCGGAAGCGGAAGAUCAGAGAGAAGGAUGACUCUGAUGCAGUCAGCCUGUGCAGCUUUGACUUCAAGGAACCCAGCAACAAGCGUGUCCGUCCUCUCAGCAGGGUGAGCUCGCUGGCUAACCUCAUCUCCCCCGUGAGGAAUGGGGCCGUCCGGCGCUUCGGCCAGACCAUCCAGUCCAUGUCCUUCCGGGGCGAUGGCAGUGGUGGCAAGACGCCGGGCGUGCCCCAGAAGCCAUGCAGUAAGGCGGCGGCGCCCACGCCGCCCAAGAGACGCAACAGCACGCUGUGGUCAGAGACCUUAGACGUCCACCAGAAGGGCACCUUCUCCACCAAGGAGAUCAAGAGACAGGAGGCCAUAUUUGAGUUGACUCGCGGAGAACAGGACCUGAUUGAGGACCUCCAGCUCGCACGCAAGGCGUACCACGACCCCAUGCUGAAGCUGAGUAUCAUGUCGGAGGAGGAGCUGAGCCAUAUCUUCGGGGACCUGGAUGCCUACAUCCCCCUCCACGAGGACCUGCUGGCCCAGCUGGCCACAGCCACCGGCCCCGACGGCACCGUGGGACAGAUAGGACAAAUUGUCGUCAGCUGGUUGCCAGGGCUGAAUGCAUACCGAGACUACUGCAGUAACCAGGUGGCGGCCAAGGCCCUGUUGGACCAGAAGAAACAGGACCGGAGGGUGCAGGACUUCCUGCAGCGCUGCCUGGAGUCUCCCUUCAGCAGGAAGCUGGACCUGUGGAGCUUCCUUGACAUCCCCCGCUCCCGCCUGUUCAAAUACCCCCUCCUGCUCAAAGAGAUCCUCAAACACACGGCGCCCGAGCACCCUGACACGCCCCACCUGGAGCUAGCGAUCACCAUCAUCCAGGAUGUGUUGUCUGACAUCAACAUGAAGAAGGGUGAGUCAGAGAGCCAGUACUACAUAGACAAGCUGGAGUAUCUGGACGACAGGCAAAGAGACCCGCGCAUCGACCAGUGCAAGAGUCUGUUGUGUCACGGCGAGCUACGCAACAAGAGCGGAACAAAGCUGCAUGUGUUCCUGUUCACAGAGCUGUUGGUGAUGACCCGGCCUGUGACGCGGAACGAGCACCACUGUUUCCAGGUGUACCGGCAGCCAAUCCCGGUGCAGGACCUGGUGCUGGAGGACCUGCAGGAUGGAGACGUCAAAAUGGGUGGCUCCUUCAGAGGAGCAUUCAGUAACUCAGACAAAGCCAAGAACAUCUUCCGUGUGCGUUUCCAUGACCCGUCUCAGGGCCAGUCCCACACGCUGCAGGUCAACGACGUCUUCCACAAGCAGCAGUGGCUCAACUGCCUGCGCAGCGCCAUCUCCGUCCACCACCCCGCCGACGUCACCACGUCCGCUUCCUCCCCGGCAGCCGACGCCCACUCUAAGCGGCGCUCCUCCAAAAUCUCCUCCAUCAUCCACACGGAGGAGGCCGACGAGAACUGCCCUUUGACGCCCGUAGGUGCAACGUCCGCCUCCAGUUCGCUAUGCGGGGACGAGACCCCCAGUCCCACCUCAUCGUCUCCCUCCUCCCGCUCCUCAUCCUCCUCUUCCUCACCACUAUCCUCCCCGUCGCCCAAACACAAAACCAAAAAGGACAAGCGCUCCCUCAGUGCUUUAGGGAAGAGGAAGGAGACCAUGGUGUAAUUAGAGGGGAGAAAACGGACUCCUUGGCGAGCGGACAAUAUGUUUGUACAUAAGGAGGGGGGAGCAGAGUGGGGGGGGGGGGGGGGGGGGGCUGGGUGUUCCCUCCCCGUGGGACUUUUUAUUUAUGUGUCUGUGUGUUUUAUUAUUACAACAGUAUUUUGUGUUACUGUCCCCAUUGGCAGCUAUUUACUUUACUCUUCCAUCCCUACACUGUUUGGUUUUGUCCACAAAGGGGCUAAGUGCAUACCAUUCAGUAUUCUGGAGAGGCCUGCUUGUCUUUCAGUAAUUAGAGAGAAGUUGUGCAUAUUGUCCUGUUUACUGUUAGAAUGUUUGUUUUUUUACUCCCUUUUUUUUCAAUCUGAACUUACUUGUAGCUCUGUUUAUGGCGCAGUGGUUAAGGGCGCUGUACUGCAGCGCCAGCUGUGCCAUCAGAGACUCUGGGUUCGCGCCCAGGCUCUGUCAUAACAGGCCGCGACCGGGAGGUCCGUGGGGCGACGCACAAUUGGCCUUGCGUCGUCCGGGUUAGGAAGGGCUUGGCCGGUAGGGAUGUCCUUGUCUCAUCGCGCACCAGCGACUCCUGUGACAGGCCGGGCGCAGUGCGCGCUAACCAAGGUUGCCAGGUGCACGGUGUAUCCUCCGACACAUUGGUGCGGCUGGCUUCCAAGUUGGAUGCGCGCUGUGUUAAGAAGCAGUGCGGCUAGUUGGGUUGUGUAUCGGAGGACGCAUGACUUUCAACCUUCGUCUCUCCCGAGCCCGUACGGGAGUUGUAGCGAUGAGACAAGAUAGUAGCUACUAAAAACAAUUUGAUACCACAAAAUUGGGGAGAAAAAGGGGUAAAAAAUUUUUUUUAAACAGCACUGUUUCUAGCUUUUAGCUGAAGUUAUUUAACACCUUUUGGGGAUGUGAGGUGGAUAGAAGGGAAGAGUUCCCACAAUAGAUGAGAUGUAUACGAAACUGAAAACUAAACAAUUUGAUAAGUCUGAUUCGAAGGUGUACUGGAGGACGGGUCUUAUUUUUGUACAUUCCUAAUAACAGAUAUUUUUUUAUGUUCUGGACACCUUUUUGCAUCUACUGCAGUUGAUGGCAUUCAUUUUAAUCAAAUUGCAUUUUAAUGGGGAAAAAAACAUAUCAAAUGAGAUUUUGUUUUACUACAAUGUAAAAACAAUUUAAACUGAGCCAUGUUGGUUUAAAAAGCUGACUCUUCCGAAUGAAAAUCUAUCACUCAAUGUAGCAAUCUUGCAUGGAGCUUUAGUUUUUGACACGGCCACUACCCAGCCACGGUAGUGGCAGGAGCAUGUACAUAUUUGUCUGAUGGGUUGGGAUCUACUGAGGAGAUGACUUAUAGCUGAAAGAAACCACAAAGAUGAGUUGAGAAAAGAAAAAGAGUAUGUUAGAAGAAGAUUUAAGAGAUGUGGGGGAAAAAAAGAUGGAAAUGUUGAACGUGUUUGAACUGAGAAGUUGGGGUUUUUGUUUUCAAGGUGUGUGUAGCCACUAGCCACGCAAUGAUGGAGCUCCGAGUGAGUUGGGAUGUGGUGCCUUGUCCAAAAUGGAGGUUAGAGGCACUGGUCAAAAAGCCAGUGAGAAAAAUUUAAAGAAAGACUAUGUAUGUUUGAGGGUGAAAACAGAUGAAGGUGUUGUGAAAGUGUUUUGUAGAAGGAAAAUGAGUGUAGAGGGUUUGACUGUUUGAAAAGGGGAUGGUUAAGAACUGUACUGAAAAGUGAAGAGCUAGUAAAUGGCUGUGAUAUGAUUGCCAUGGCCUGUAUGUAUGUGAUGUAAAAGCAUCACAAAAAUCUAUAAUAAAGAUCUGUGUAAGAGUUC